AACUAGCGAACAUUUAUUUUUAGUACUGUGUCGUAGUUUAGCAUUCACGACAGACACUUUGCGGUCUUUGUGCUUCAGGUCACUGAAGCUGACUGACUGUCAUCAUCUCUGCGCUCUGACUGUCACUAGUUGGACCUGUUAAUAGAAACACACAGUGAGAGCAACAAAUGGAUAUCCAGCGAGUUUAAGAGCAACAGCGGAUCUUUAGGGAGCCCAGCUUCAUCUGGAUCAGUCGGAUCAUAAUCACUGCGAUGACUGAGUCCUCCAAACCGCCUCUGGGGAGGAGAAUGAAGGCACGCGCCCCACCUCCGCCGCAGGCCCCUCUACCCGCCCCACGCCACAUCUUCAGAAACACCGUACCUGAUGGGGGAGGGACAUCAGGCAUGGACGCCAAGGAGAACAUGCUGAGGCCCACCGUGGAGUUGCAGCUAACUCUACCACAGGGACACCAGACUUCUGUAACUGAGGAUGGCAGUAAGGCGCUGAUGGACCUGCUGGUCGAGCUGUGUAGCCGCUACCACCUGAAUCCAGCACUGCACACCCUGGAGCUGCUGUCGCCCGAGGGCCACACUUUGGGGUUCAAGCCCAACGCUCUGCUGGGCUCCCUCAACGUGGCCUGCGUCCUCAUCAAGGAGAAAGUCUGGGAGGAGAAAGUGGUGCGCAGACCGGCGCCCAAAGUGCCAGAGAAAUCAGUGCGUUUGAUGGUGAACUACCACGGCAGCCAGAAGGCAGUGGUACGGGUCAACCCGUUGGUACCACUCCAGGCUCUGAUACCGGUCAUCUCUGACAAGUGUGAGUUUGACCCCGCACAUGUCCUGCUCCUGAAGGACAGCAUCAGUCGCCACGAGUUGCAGCUGGACAAAUCUCUGACAGAGCUGGGGAUCAAGGAGCUCUACGUACAUAAUCAGAGUCUAGUUCUCCAGCCAAAAAUGGCUUCUGCCCCAGCUCUUAACUACUCAGACUCCAUCCACUCCAGUACUACCAGUUUGGGCAGAGCAGAGAAGAAAGGCCUCCUGGGUAUCUUCAAGUUCAGCCGAAGGAAAUCCAAGACAGAAACAACAUCUAUGGACAUGGAUGACUAUGAUGAUAAAGUUAUCCAAAAUACAGACACACUAUCCGAUGCUCUGUCCACUGCGUCAGGGGUCGCCAGCGUAGAAGAUCGGCCCAGCACCUUGGGCCAGUCUCAGUCGGUCAUGAACAUACCCAGGAUGUCUCCCAAGGCCGAGGCCAAGAAGAGGAGAGCCCCAGUGCAACCCGGAGCCCCAACACCCACCAUGGGACACACUAGCUUUGAGGGCUAUGAGAUGAGCCUCGGCUCAGAAAGCCAGCAGAGGAAAAGAAAGGCUCCAGCCCCUCCUCCCACCCCAUCCUCCAUCACCCCAGGCCCUGAAGACACUUCGACCUCUGCCGCUCCCACCCCUGAUAGCCUCGCUACUGAAACACCUACCCCAGCCUACCGUAACAAGGCGGCGCAGUCAAACACUGCAUCUGAUGCCGUUGUGGUAACGCAAACAGUGAAACCAGUCCUCUUCAAAACAGUAGUACAACCUCCACCUGUGUGCGCUGCCACCCCGACCCCCAGCUCCCCGACCCCUAGCAGCAGCACCACCGACAGCCUGGUCGUGCAGGAUUCCAGCUCUGAAUUCAGCCAAGGCCUCGACGACUCAGACCCUGACCUAGACCAGGCCGUUUCCUACUGCAGCACCCUCACCAGCAGCACCGCGAGCGGGUCUGUUCUGGCCAAGCCCGCUACGAAAAGCUCCAGCAGCAGGGUGGAGGAAUCGGAAAAGGCCAGCGGCGCAGCCGCCAAAUUAAAUCAAGAGGUGACCUCAGCCAGCAGCUCCAGGUCGGACACCGAGUCGGCCCUGAACCUGAAACUGGAUGACGUUGAGAACAACAGACACAGCGCAAUGGGAACCGCUGAUCGACCAGCGCCGCCCAAACCUCGUCGCUCCGCGGGCCAGGAGCCACCGCAGCUUGUCCUACCCCCUACCCUGUCCUCCCCUCCCAUUGAGCCCACAGACAGCAGCUGCCCGCAGAGUCCCAUGGAGGUGGAGGAAGCAGCUCCCCAGUCUUGGCUCCACUCCAUGCAAAGCUCCACAGCCAGUUCCCGGAAACCAGAAACUGGAACACCCGAGGAGGAGACCGCGUCCUUGGGCAGCAGCAGCGGUGGCAGCAGCCUGCCCGACCAGGGUUACGCUGCCUCCGAGGGCAUGGCAGAGGGCGAGGACUCGGGCAUGGUCAGCUCUCCAUCUGACACCCAACCCACAUCCCCAGACGGGAGUUUGUCUCUGGAUGGUAGUAGCGGAGUCGGAGGAGAGAGACCGCCAGGACCGGUGCGGGACAAUUCCAGUGACAGCGAUGAGGGAUGUGCCACCUGGGGAUCGAGACACAGGCACAAUGACAUUAGCCCACAGGCAAAGCCAGGCAGGUUAAAAGACAGCUAUGAAGAUGACCCAGAGCUCACAGCCCAGCUCCAUCAGACUUUGGCAGAUUUUGAAGCAGACCUUGCAGAUCACAUAGAUAUAGUCUCAGCGAAGGAGAGCCCCUAUACCAUGUCCACAGACAGCAAUGAGGUGCCGGUGUCUGUAGUGGACAUGGACGUGCCAGUCACAGCCAUAGAUGAAGUACUGGAGGACUAUGAACGUCACAUUGUCGAAAAUGAGACAACGUCAAUAACCAGGAUUGAGUCAGCUGGCAGCAAAGGUCCAAGCUUUUGUCAUCAGUCCAGUGUGGAGCCACAGAACAAAAACAACAAUGCUUGUACAGCUGCUGACAGUAAUAAAAGCAGCAGUGCAAAUACUAAGCAGCCGUGUCAACCUGAGCAGCGUAGGAAGUCACUGAAGAACAAGUCUACAGGUGAUAAAAAGGAAGAAAAGAUGCAAGAAACAAAAAUGAAAGAGAUGAGUGCUCCUGAUACCAACAGUGUGAAAGAGGAGAAGCAGAGACGAACAUCAGCAGUGAAAUCUAAUGUUGACCUGCAGAAACACAGCAAGCGCACUGAGACCAAACCUGAUCCUGUGAAAAGUAACGCUCAGUCUUUUCAAGAGAAGAAGUCCGUUCUUCCACCGACCACUCAGAGACCUGCAGAGAGAGAUGAAGAAACGCACAGAGUUUACCAAAAUAACUCCAGCCCCAAUGCUUCACAUGGUAAAAUCACUUGUAACGUCACAUCACGCUUCGGUAUGAAGACUUUCACCGUGGUCCCUCCCAAACCUUCUGUCAUGCAUGCUGCUACAGGAGAGCCAGCUGUCAAAUUAACUGUCGGUGCCAUUAAGAUUGACGAUCAAGGAAACAUGGUGAAAGGGGGCAUCUCCCGGAGCAAAGUUGGUGGUUCAUCAGAGUGUGGAGUUAAUUCCAGUGAGGGGUCUCCUCUUCUUGGAAAAGCCAAAGCUUUUUGGAGCUCAAAUGAGAGACAAGAAAGUUCUGUGCCCCCCAGCAAAGACCUCAUUGAUAAGGCUAAAGAGAGCACAGAUGGCCUGAGAAGUACUCCCCCUGCAAUCUCAGUGACUACUUUGAAGGGCAGUAACACCGAGGACCUAAAAAUGACGCAAACUUCACAUUAUAAACCCGCAGAGAGAGCCCAGCCUAAAGAGACGGUUAAUGAAGAAGCUAAAGAACCACUGAAAGCCAUCCAUGUGGCAAAAGAAGAGCGGGUAGAGGUGGAGAGCAAGAUUUCAGUGUCCAAAAACGUUCACCAGCCAAGUAAUAAACCUGCCCUUCCACCUCCUUUCCUUCCAGACCUGACAAGAGACCUGUCCUUCCUCAAACCAUCCAGGCGAACCUCAAGCCAAUACGUGGCGUCUGCCAUCACUAAAUACACCCCAAAGACCUCAGCUAAACCCAACUCCAUCCCUAAUGCACAUGACGCCUCCGCUUCUUUAAAAUCACAGACUUUCCAGAGAUCAGGUCGGUCCAUAAAAGUGAAUCCACACCAGUCGUCCCAGUCGUCACCGUCAGACAAUAAGGAGAAUGACUCUGCUUCUAAAUCCAACCCGUCUGGUCCUAAGAGGUCUAUGAGCUUCCCAGAGUAUGUGUCAGAUAGCCAGAGAGAUUUUGGAGAAGUGAGACCGGACAGGGGAGGAUUUAAAAGUUGUGUUGGAUCCACCAAAGGAGGCUCUAAUACGCUGGAAACAGAGACGGCCAAGCAUAGGCACAUUCAGUCUAGUGGCCCCACCCAAAAGAACAUGAUCGCCAAUAAUGACAGCGAUGAUAUUAAACAAAUCCGACUCAGAAGCCCCAGCCCUGCCCAAAGCAGUCCUCCAUACUCAUCUGCCAAACCACCCACAGUCCACAAGACUGUAUCCCAAAACCAGACAAGUAGCACGAGGGACGUGACCAAGGCAGCCACCCGUCUAUCACCUGAUGCAAAACCACAACCCUCUGUCACAGUGUCAGACGGAGGUGUGCCCCCUGGGCCUCCGCCGGUAACAGUGUUUGGGCCGGUUAAAAAGUUCAGACCUGUGAUCUCUAAGUCUGUUGAGAAAGACACGUCUCUGCACAGCAGCCUGAUGGAGGCGAUCCAGACGGGCGGAGCCAGGGACAGACUCAAGAAGAUAACCACAUCUGGUCUCAGCAGCAUGAAGACAGCGUCUUAUGUUGAGGAGGAGACUGAGAGGUCUGCUCUUCUGGCUGCCAUUAGAGCCAAGAGCAGCUCCGGAAAGCUGAGGAAGACCAAAUCUGAGGCUGCUGGUGAGCUUGACAAGUUCAGGAAGGUGGCUUCAGUAGAGGAAAGAGGUGCAGGCCCUACCCCCUCUCCAUCUCCCUCUCCUCCAUCUUUGACUUGCACUUCUCCUCCUGUCUUUACCCCACCUCCACCGCCACCGCCUCCAGCACCCAUGUUUGCACCUCCACCUCCUCCCCCUGUCUUGCCCCAGGGUAAGCCUAGCACAAGUGCUAACACCUCCAAGAACCCUGUCUUGGCCAGGGAGGCUAUGCUGGAGGCCAUUCGCUCUGGAUCUGCUUCUGGGAGGCUAAAAAAGGUCGCUGCGCCCACAAAGACAGUCCAAGUGAACGGCAGACUGGGAACAAUCCAAGCAACGUCCUCAACACUCCCUCAGCAAUAGGAGGGGAAAACCACAUCACCGCAAUACAUUUAUCAUUUAUUAUUAAUUAAUUUCUUUUUCUUUUCUUUUUUUUUUUGCCAUUGUGCUUUUGUAACAGACACUUGGGAAAACUGGAUCGAGUGAAUGCUAUUUGAAAGUUUUGAGGAACUUUAUAUAUAUGAUGCGUGACACAAAUUCCGAUAAAUAAAAUGAGAAUACAGAAUGAUUCUACAUGCCAUCUAGAUAAACUAGAUUAUUCAAAAAGGGCUUCAUAGCUCUGACUACCAGUCUGGGGCCUUAUGCUUAAACUGAUGCACUAAUGCUCAAAGAAUUUAGCAUCAAAGUGGGAAUGAUUCAGACACUUCUUCUUGUAUGUUGAAUGUUGCUCUCUUAGUAGCCAAACACUACAAGUGUCUGAUAAAGGUGAAAGGUUUGCAGUUAAUUCCACUCCUAAUAUCAGAUCUCUCAGUUAGCUGCUAACAAGAGCUUGCUGGAAAGAUGUCCAUCUUUAUAACAUAUCGCUGUUCCUAAACAUAUCUUGCCAUCUGUACUUGAAUUCAGUAGUUUUAACUGGAAAGUUGUACAAAAUGUGUGCCAAUGAAAGCAAAUAGAAAUGGUUUGUGCUACUUUCAGAUCUUUUUUUUUUCCUUUUUUUUUGUUCCGAUUUUUUUUUUUUUUACCGCAGUUAAGUUAUGGAUGCCUUAUACUGUUGCUCAGUCAGUGUUAUGUAUAUGAUGUUUUGCUGUAAAAAUUCUAUAUGGGGUGCAAUAACUUGGAUCUGAUGAUGUUUCCAGAUUUGAACUACUUAAUAUUUGUUUAAAAAAAUGAAGAUAACUGAAAACUGAAAGAAAAUAAUGGAUAGAUCCAUUGACAAUGUUUGAUUUUUUUUGUGUAAAAGUGUAUUUUAUCCAGAUCUGGUCCAUAAUGCCAACUUCUACAGCUCUUGGCUCUGAGGAGGAGGGUGACUGACUAGUGCCUUUUCACUCAAUAUAUGACUGUUUUAGCUUCUAACCUUUGUGCUGCUGUUUUAAAUCUAUAGACAUUGUCAUGCACGGUCAGAGCUCUGCAGAAACGUAUACUUGUACAGUAGCGAUAUGACUGACCGUGCCUUUGAUGGUAGAGAAAUUUAGAUUAACCCUUCCUUUCCUUGACAUUUCAACAUUUUUGAAGCACUUUUAUUGAAGUAUAUGAAUGGUGGAUGUCACCAUGAGCACAGAGAUCAGUUAACUAAUCAACAAGUCACUACCAAUAUGUGAUGGCUACGUAAUACAAACCACCAGUCGUAGGGAAAGCUGUAAGAAAGCAGUAGUUUAAGUUAUCUAUGGCUUUGAUUUAGGCAAGUGUUGUUCCAUUCUGCUCCACUGUAGGUGACGUUUACAGUACGAAGUAGCUACGGUUGAUAGAGGGAGAGUGGACCACUGCCAUUACGUGGUAUCGCUAUGGAUAAAGAAGGAUGUCCACGCUGAGAAUUAAGAAAAACCUAGAGCAUCCAUAUUCAGGUGUAAAUGCUUGCUGCUGUGGAUUGUGAGAUAAAUCUGAGUAAAGGGAGUUGAAGUCCUAGUUUUAUAGAGAUUUAUUUUUCAUUUUAUGUUUAACCCUGAGAGUGAAAACCUUAAGAGCUUUUCUGUUUUUUGUUUUUUUUUCUCUCUAACUAGAAGGGAAUAUUUAAUUUCUGCUAGAUGGUUUCAUCUACACGCAGUAGCCUACAGCACGUUGUAGCAUUGUAUAUUUUGUAAACUAAAGAUCAUCGCCGUGAAAGAUUUGAUUUGAAUCUUUGAUAGAGAGCUACUUCACUGAUAGUGUGAACAUUUUAUAAGCUAUUGCUUUUUAAGUUUUAAGUGCACAUUGGGGGGAUUUCUUUUUUUUGGGUGGGGGAGGUUGCACAGUUAUUUUUAUCUACUCUAAUUUUUGAUUCAAUAAAUAAUUUUUGCAAUCAAGUGAGAA